AUGGUGAUACCGGAUGAACGGAAGAUGCCAUCUUGGAAAGAUAUUACAGCUACUUUUGCUGCGGAUUCAACAAUACACGGUGUCAACAAAAUGGGCGCCAGGAACUUGUAUCCCGGAAGGAGAUUACUCUGGCUCUCGCUAGUCCUCGUGGCGGUGUCAACGCUGUCCGUCCUUCUUUAUCUGGAACUGGUUGAUUAUUAUGCUCGACCAACGCUGAUCAAAGAAGUCUUCAGUUUCGCAAACCAUGACGACUUCCCGGCCAUGACCAUAUGUCCUUUGAAAACGUAUGAAGGACGAUUCGAGGAUCUUCAAGUUCCACCUUACGGCGAAGGCGUACUGCACGAGGUAAUGCAUGCGGAUUCCUAUUUGGCAGCAUCAGCUCUGAACCAUAUCCAUUCAAAAUCAGAAAAACGUCCACCGACGAAUAUUUCCAGCUGGUACCGCGAUGAAAUUUCUGGACAAGCCAUGGUUAACUGGACGACGUCCAGCACGUUGGUGACUCCGAUUGUCUGUCCUAAGUUCAAAGGCAUGCAUGUCAUGUCCUUGCCUUGCUGUGACGACAUUCUGGAGAAGGUUCUCACGGAAGUAGGAUCCUGCUACACGAUCAACACGACUAAAGUGUUCAAGUAUCGAUACCAGUCGGCAAAGAACAGGCGUCUGGUAAUAGCUUUCUCUCUCAAGUUAGAGCCCAAACUUGAAAUCUUAUCAGCAAGUGGGAUACAGGUUAUAGUUCACGACCGGAGGGAACCGCCAUUGCCAUCAACGAGAGGAGACUUUGUAGCGUUAAACACCAUCAGCACAUUCCAAGUGAAAAAGACUGAGGCAUAUAGGACAGUUAUUCCAUGA